ACUGUCCGGCCAACAACGAAUUAGCCAAAGGUUUAGAAAAAAAGGAAAUUAAAGAGACAAUUAAAGAAUUAGAAAAGCAGAAAAAGGAAUUAGAUAAAGAAGUUAAAGAAAUAGAAAAAGAAAGAAAAGAAAUUUUAACCGGUAGUGAUGAAGAUAAAGCCGAAAAAGCCCAAGAGAAACUGGAAGAAAAACAAGCCAAAGUCCAAGAAUUAGAAAAGGCGGAAAAAGAUUUGAAUGAUUUAAAAAUUGUCGAGACCGGAACUGUUGCUGCCGGAACUUAUUUAGGUAAAAAGGUUAUUGAUAAGUUUGGGGAUACUCCGGGGAAUAAUCUUAAUAAACUGGGAAUAGACCACCAAAAACAAUGGGAAGAGCAUCAAAGAUGGAUGACUGACAAGAAUAAAUAUAUCGAAGAAAAAACUGACGAAUUUUUUAAAUCCCAAAAAGACCGCUUAAAAGCCUUGGAAGAAGAAAAUAAACAGUUAGCCGAAGCCCUAGAAAAGGAAACCGACCCGCAAAAGAAAGCCCAAAUUUUGGAUCAAAUUAAAAACAAUAGAGUUGAGAUGAAGGAAAUUAGAAGAGAAAUUGCUGACCAUAUCAACCAAAUUAAUAAAAACUUUACUGAAAUUGGUAGGCAAGGCUUUAAGACCCAAGAACAAUUUACCGCCCACAGCCAAUCCCCGAGUUUAAGCACGGCAGGUAGAUUUUCCGGCACUAGUGGCCACGAAAAUUGUUCUUCUUGUCCCGGUAAUUAUUAUCACGGAGGCGAGUGUAAUUAUGGGGGGCGUCAUGUUUUAGCCGACGAGAUUAACCAACUUAACAAGAAUUUCGAAGGUAUUGAUAAAUUAGAAAAAAGGCAUAACAAAUUAAAGUUAUCUAUUAAUGAUAGUAAAGAAAAAUUUGAGCAAGAAAAGCAAAAUUUAAUCAAUGAUUUUGAAUUGAUUCAAAAGCGAUGUACAGAUCCGAGUUGCUUUUUUUAUGGCUCUUGUGUCGGCAUUGAUGGUCAAAAACCCGUUUUUCAAGAAAAUAUUAAAAAAAGAUUUCAGGAUUUCCACAAUAAGAUAUCCAAGUUUAUUGAGUCAGUUAAAAAUACUAAUCAAUUGCAAUUCCAAGAAUUUCAGGAAAAAGUUAAAAAAAUUGAGGAUUUAAAGCAGGAUAAUCAGAAACUAAUGGUUGAAUUAAAAGACUCUAAUACUACUCCUGAAAGAAAAGCCCAAAUUCAGGAAAUUUUAAAGAAAAACACGCAGCAAAUAAAGAAUUUGAUUAAUGAACUAAAAACUCACCCUGCAAGAGGGUUUUUCGACCAAGAGGCUAUUGGUUUAAUCAAUAAUGCUAAACAGUGGUUAGUAACCGGAAAUUACCCAGGGGCUGGUUCGGGAUUAGGAGGAAGCAAAGGAAGAGGAAAAACUGGGGGCGGCAAAGCCGAAAGAGAAAAUCGCCAAAGCGAAUUAGAAAAAAAGCAAAUCGAACAAAUUGAGCGGCAAUUAGCCGGAUUUCAACCAAAGCCCAAAGACACUGAACCAUUAAGCAUUGACGAAGCCAAAAAUACUAUAGAAGAGGGAGAAGAAGCGGUUUUAAUUUAUACCGAAGAACAAAAAAAGCAUUUUAUCCGAAUUUUGGAAGAUAUUGACGAUUUUUUAAAUAAUGAGGGAAAAUUAAAUUUAAAUGCGGAGGGUGAAAGCGGAAGAAAUGACCAAUACAAAAAUUUCUUAUUACGAAACAAUUGCAUUUUAUAUGGAGCACCUGGCACCGGUAAAACGGAAUUUGUCAAGGAACUAAAUCAUGUCUUAAUUAAUCGUUACGGCAGAAAUUCGCCCGAACGACCGUCGGUAGUCAAUUUAGACCCUAGCGACCCUAAUCAUGGUUUAAUCCAAGAUGAUGAAGAAAAAAAACCCGAACCAACUAUUCCUAUUUUUGUCAUUAGCGGAGCUAGUUUAAUGAGUACCGGCAAAGAUGAGCCUAAGACUUUUGAAAAAUUUAUUAUUACUUUAAAAAAGGCUAAAAAUAAUUUUUUUAAAAAUCCCGACGAAGAGGGAAAUAUUGGCGAAGAUAGCAAACUGCCUUAUGUUGUUUUUGUGGAUGAAGCCGAUCAGGCGAAAAAUUCUUUAACUUACAAUCCCCAAGCCAAAAAUAAUUUAGAAGAAUUUAAGAAUUUUUUUUCCCAAGCCGAAGAUGGCGGUGGGUUAAAAAAGGAGGCUCAAGAUUUAAAUAGUAUUUGUAUUUUUGCGACUAAUAAUUAUGAAACUAUUGAUCCGGCCAUGAAGAGACGGGGGCGGCUAGGAACCAGCCUUAAUUUUACUUGA